AUGGAAGAUAAUGUGGAAUCAUCCGGUUCUUCUGCUUUCCCGAAACACACACGUAAAAAGUCACUUGAUCGAUCAUCUAUCCAAGAACAUUCUAAAUCAUCAGAUUUAUUACGAAAAACUGAACCCAAAACUUCUGCUCCUGUAGAUGAAAAUCGGCAUAGAACACGAAAAAUUGAUGAUUACGAUCCAAUAGGACGAGAAAAAGAACGAGAAACUGGUCAGACAUCAUCAAAUUUGGUUGAAAAAAAGGAUGAUCGUUUGGGUUAUAUGGUGGCGCAAUAUGGUAAUGGUACAGUUGGUAAUACUAAUGUCGCACCCGGACAAACAGUCAGUAGUCGAACUUUUACAGAUGAUGGACGAGGUAUCGUGACGUCCACUUAUAUUGCUGAAACACGUUACAGCAAUGUAUCACCAGCUAGAACGUAUGAAUACGCAAAAGAGACAAUGACCACUUUAUUACAUGAUGAACGAAUUGCUACACCAACAAUGUAUACAGAAGUCAGGACUUUUGAAGCUCCAAGGUCCAAGGAACUAGCUACACCGAUGCCAUCUGAUCCUAAUAAUCAGCCUGCUAGUUCACGUAGUUAUUCAUCAUUUCUGAAUGGUUCUCGAUCAUCUCCAUCAAGAAUUAUAGAUUAUGAUACUAAAGAUAAGGUUAAAUCAUUCGAUCAACCGGAAAGUGGUAGCAGUUAUAUAACAGAUAGUCGACCUUAUGAUACUAAAUCUUCAAGUGAAUAUCAUGAUUUGGAUUCAAGUAGUUACAGCAUUCGACAAUACGGUACAGGAAAUGUAGGAGGAAUAUCAGACCAAAAGCAAACGCAAUUGAAAUAUUUUGGUGAAGAAUCAAUGAAACCAGAUGGAAGUAAAACAUCGAGAAGUGAUAUUGAUAUGAUAAAAACAUCUUACGAGCCUUACCGUUCGAUGCAUGAUCUCAUGCCAUCUGGUGGAUAUCCUAAAAAUAAGCCUGACUCGGAUAAAUUUUAUUCCAAUGGAUAUUCGAAACAUGCCGAUGAAUCGUCAUUAGCUACUAAAGGACCAAGUUUUGAAGCGCCAAUAAUAGCAUCUUAUGGUCGUGCCAGAUCAGAUAUUCCAAUUGACAGGCAACAAAAAGCUUCACAAAAAAUUAGCACUGUAUCAACAACAGUUUUGGAACCUUCCGAAGAAAUGGAAAAAUUGAAGAAAAAUUGGAAAUCAGUUGAACAAUUGGAUACGGAUACUGCACAUUAUCAGAAAAAGUUACCAGCUAGGGAUGGGAAGGCGGAAAUAGGAGAGGGUCAUCAGUAUUCAGAUAUUGAUGAACAAAAUUAUCGUAACGCAAAUGUAAGAUGGGAUGAUGGACGACGAUUUCGCGAUUCAUCACAAUCCGUUGUGGAAUCAUUUCAAACUUUAAGCAGAGAUCGCGACAUGGAACCAACAUUUCUAUCAGCGCCACCACAACGGACAGCCGAUUAUAUGCGAGGAAUGGAGGAUGAGAAAUUUGGUGCAUUCCGGGAGAUGGAUUCAGUUCUUCCAUCACAACGAUUGCCAAAGCCCGAAUAUAGCGAACGAGAGAAUCAUAUGACAGAUAUAACUGAAGAAGCAACAUUAACACCACGAACACGACGAAAACUUCAGGAACAAAAAAUCCGACACGAGAAAGAACUCGACGAAAAACGCGAAGAAACACGUAAAACGUUGAAAGACGACUUGCAAUCAAUGCAAGGAUUGGAUCGUGAUGAAUUUGAGUUGUCUCAGUCGAAACCCUCAAGUCCUUCACCGAGAUCCACACCUCGAACAACUCCUAGACUUAAUUUAAAAUUCGGAAAAGAUAAGGAGAAAAAGGGGACUGAAGAAGGUGGUUUCAAUUUUGGUAAAUCAAAAAUAACAUCUAAGCAUGAAAUAGUACGACGUGGAAAAGAUGUUGACGUGAAAGUUGAUUCAUUGAAACUUGGCAAAGAUGAUCAGCUAAAAGCUGUUGUAUUAUUGGCACCGAAAGGUGGGGUGGAACGUGAAGAAAUUGAACCGAAAGUGAAAAAAUCUCGUCAUUCCUAUGAGAUAUCAUUCCGACCAUCAGAAGUUGGAACACAUAAGGUAAUGGUUUAUGUAAAUAAUACGUUGCAUCCAAUGUGUCCUUUUCCAAUUCGUGUCUACGAUGCAUCAGAAAUUAUUGUUGGAGAAAUUCCGCCCCAAAGUAAUAUCAGUGAUACCGUUGAAUUUACCGUUGAUGCUGGCCGAGCAGGUUUUGGAAAUCUUGAAAUGGCAAUCAAAGAUAGCGAUGGUAUUAUUAUACCAUCUCAUGUAGCACAACUGGAAACGGGAACUGCUAAAUUUUUGGUGACAUUUAAUCCGACCACCGUAGGAAUGCAUACUGUUAAUAUUACAUUCAAUAAGGAAAUCCUCAAAAACAGUCCAUUCGAAGUAAAUAUUGUGGAUGAAAAGUCAGGCCAAGAAAUGGAAAAUCUUUUGAUGGAUGGAAAGAAAAAAGAUUCACGUAAGGAAAAGGAAGAGAAAAAACGUGAAGAAAAAGAGCGUAUAAAAAAGGAGAAAGAGGAAAAAUUAAUGGCUGAAACACUAAAGAAGAAUAAAGGAAAAGAAGCAAAGAAAAAGAAGCAUCAAAUGGAGAAGAGAACAAGCGUUUCCAAAAUUCCAUCAUUAAGUCGAGUUGGACGACCGGCACAGAUUCUUAUUACAGUGGCUGGCGAUGAACCACUUGAUAUUACAGUGAUAGAUCCAGAAAAAAGAAAAAUUGAAAGUUCAAUAUCCGAUCAUGAACCUGGUGUUAAGGAAGUUGAAUUUGUACCCGUGCAAGUGGGUGAUCACGAAAUCGAAGUUAAAUAUGCAGGCGCGGAUGUUCAAGGCAGUCCGUUUACUUGUCGAGCAUAUGAUCCAGCGAAAAUUAGCGUCGGUGAUAUUCCUAAUAGUGUGGUCGAUAAAGCAGUCCAUUUCAUUGUGGAUGCAAGUCAAGCAGGUGUUGGAAACCUGGAAGUAGCAGUAAAUGAUGGGCGCAUUCCAUCGAUGGCGCAAUCACUUGGACAACAUCGCUAUGAUAUAUCCUUUGUACCGAGAGAACUUGCCGAUCACACUAUAUCUGUUCGUUUCAAUAAUGAACCUGUGCCAGGGAGUCCAUUCAUUUGUCAUCUGGUAACGGCACAGUCGGUAACAGUUUCUGGUCCCGGAUUGGAACGGAUACCGGUUGGACAAACAGCACAAAUUUAUGUAGCUAUUGAGGGUAUGAAAGAUAUGUUACCGCAGAUACGCAUUACCGAUUCACAGAAUAAUACCAUUCCGGCUAGCAUAUCAAAGAGUGAUACAGAGGAUAAGAAGUACAUCGUCUCAUACACGCCAAAAAAUGUCGGAAAUCAUCAAAUUGAUGUAAGUUGUGACGGUAAACCAGUUCCUGGAUCUCCGUUUACUUCCAAAGCAUUUGAUGCAAAAUGUGCUAAAUUGUCAUGUAUAGAAGAAGCGGUUGUUGGGCGUCCUUGUACAUUCAUGAUUGAUGCUGCUCGAGCUGGAGCUGGCAAUAUGGAAAUUAUUGUCAGUGUUGAGAAUCGAAAUGUGCCAAAUUUUGUUCAGGCAGAAGGGCAAGCGAAGUUUAAAGUUUCAUUUACACCGCAGGAAGCUAAAGAUCAUCUUAUAAGUGUUCGAUUUAAUGGUGAUCCAAUUCCAGGUUCACCAAUGGUUUGUCCAGUACGGGAAAGAUCAUCACAAAUGAUUGCGGAUAUGUCAGGAUCGAUGAACACCGCAGAAUCUGAUCAAGACAUUCGUUUAGUUGGUGAUUUGACUGUAGGAGAGGUUGGACAAACAAAAAGCUUCAGCAUUGAUACGGGCGGACGUGAAAGUGAUUGCAAUGUUACUGUUAUUGAUCCGCGUGGUAAGCAAUUGGAUGUUGAAGUGGAAAAAGUCUUCAAUGGUUAUCAUAUACAAUUUCGACCUUUGAUAUCAGGUAAGCAUGAAAUUGAUAUCGCUGUGAAUGGUCAACAACUUGGUGUCGGGCCAUUUGUAAUGAAAGUUUUGGAAUCAUCAAAAUCUGCCCGUAUUCCAUCGACUAUUCUUGCUGACAAGGAGAUUGUCUUUGAAUUGGACACAGGUGAUAUGAAAGCACAGAAGGAUGUGAAAAUAGAAAUUAAGAAUGCCAAGAAUGAAUUGAUACCAGCAAAAAUAAAAACUGGAAAUGAUGGAAUUGUUCGAGCCUUUUGCACAUUUCAUGAUAUAGGCCGUUAUUCUUUGGAUGUUUUUAUCAAUGAAAUACCUUAUGGUGAACGACAGUAUGUUCAGGUUAUUCAAAGCGGUCGCGGUGCUACAAUUAUCGGUGACAUUGAGCACGCCUUAGUUGGUUGGCCAUCUAAACUAAUUAUACGAACCGAACCUGAUGCUGAAAAACACUUAUCUCUUGUUAUCGUUGAUUCAGAACGAAAUCCGCUUCCAGUAUCAUUGAGGAAACUUCCCGAUGAAAUAUUCGAAGUGGAGUUUACACCACGAACAGAAGGUGUUCAUAAUAUAUCAAUACUAGUAGGCGAUGAACACAUUCGAGGAAGUCCUUUCAAGAUUUCGGUACUGGACUUAAGCGCUGUGCGUGUGAUCGGCCUAAAAAAUGAUCGUGUCGGGAUCGAACAAUGUUUCAAUGUGGAUUGGUCAAAUUCGGGUGGUACAAAUGCAGCAGUACGAGUAACAUGUGGUGGUAAAGACGUACCAUGUACGAUGAAACGUAUCAAAAAAGGCUUACACGUGUGUUCAUUUAUACCACGACAGGUUGGACUUCAUUUGAUAGAUGUGAUGAUCGAUGAAACGCUUCUGCCGGAAUGUCCGUAUGAAUGUAUCAUAAGUGAUGCUGGAUCGGUACGAGCACGUGGUGAUGCAUUGACACGUGCACAACGUGGCAAAACGGCACGUUUUGAAGUUUCAUUAAAUGACACUGAACGUGGUGAACUGGAUGUAGUAGUUUCAGAUUCACGAGGUAGACCAUUACCAGUUCGAUGUUACAAACAACAUGAUGAUAGUUAUUGGGUGGAAUUUACACCUGAAAAUAUCGGUCUUCAUCAAAUUGAAAUAACAUUCGCUGAUGCACCAAUAGCUAGUAGCCCAUUUAAAUGCAUGGUGGUUGACCCGCGAAAAGUUUUUAUUAAAGGUAUCAAUGAACCAUUUAUUAUCAAGCAACCUGCGAUAAUUACCGUGAAUCGUCAGCUAGCAGGCAGCGAUGAUUUGACAGUAGAACUGACUGAUCCAUCUAAUGAACCGGUUCGAUUGGAUAUGCAGACAACUCCCGAUGGUGAUGAUGUCUUCGAAUUUAUUCCAACAAAAACUGGCCAAUAUAAGUUGUCCACAAAAUUAGCCGGUUUCCUUGUUAAUGGAACAUCACAUACAUUGACUGUUGAGGAGCAUGGCAAGCCUACUUUACGCGGAUCCGUCACCGAACAUCCUGUUGAAGUGGAUCGUCCAACGAGCAUCGUUUUUGAUGCUAAAAAUGUAAAAGGGAAUCUAAAAAUCGAUGUGCGAGGACCGAAAAAAGCAAAAAUUCGGCAUGCAGCAAACAAAAAUCCGGAUGGAACAACCGAAAUUACGUUUACACCAACAGAAGUGGGCCGUCAUUUACUAAACAUCGAGCAUAACAAUCGAGCUAUUUCGGGAAGUCCAUUCGAGAUCGAUGUUGUUGAUCCACGGAAAGUAAUUGUGAAUGAUAAUUUGGCCGAUGAAGAUGGAAUAUAUCAGUUUGCAGUACAGCAAAGAAACGUCAUCGACGUUGAUGCUACAGCCGCCGGAUCUGGCAAACUUCGAGCAGAAGUUCGUGAUUGGGACGGCAAAUCAGUGAGUGGUUGUGAUGUCGAGUCACUUGGUUAUGGUAAAUAUCGUGUUAUAUAUAAUCCAUCCCAACCUGGAAAAUACGGCAUCUACCUUUACUGGUCUGAUAUGGCAGUUCAAAAUGCUCAGCCGCUAUACGUGGUCGCUGAAGGUGAACAGCCCUCCACCUCACGUUCCAUUCCGACUCUGACAACACCACAUAACAUUAUAAGAUCUCGAUCUGAGGAUCAUCCAUCUCAUGAAGGGAGUGAAACGGACUACUUGAGAGUUGUAGUACGAGGUGAAGGUUUAACACGGGCUGCCAAUAAUGAACAAGCGGAAUUUAUUAUCGAUGGAUCAGAUGUCUCUAGAGAUGGUGGACAGAUAUCAUGUUCACUGCUUGGACAAAAAGCAGAUAUCCCGAUUCGCUUAACCCAUUUGGGAAAUAACGUUUAUAAAGCUGUCUACAUACCAUUAAUAUCUGGCAUCUAUGAAUUACAGAUAUUAUGGGAUGGACAUCAUGUUCGUGGUUCACCUUUUCGAGUGCAGGUUGAUUUGCAUUCGAGUGCUGCAGAUGCUAUCGUUAUUGAUGAAAAUACAUUGAAAAUGGGAAUUGUGAAUGAGGAUGUGAAAACUAUUAUUGAUACCAGGAAAGCAGGGCCAGGUCAACUAUCAGCACAAUGUAUGGGACCAACAAAACAUGCAUAUUGUGAUCUUUACGAUCUUCGCGAUGGUACAUAUACUCUUUCAAUUAGACCUUCUGAAAUUGGAAAACAUACGCUGGUUGUGAAAUAUUCGGAUGAACAUGUACCAGGAAGUCCUUUUACUUUCAAUGUUUCCUAUCCACCAGAUGCAUCCAAAGUACGUGUAUAUGGACCUGGAAUUGAGCAUGGAAUACUUUCCACAUUUAAAUCAAAUUUCAUUGUUGAAACAAAAGGUGCUGGAGCAGGACAGCUUACGGUACGUGUUCGUGGACCAAAGGGAGCAUUCAAUGUUGAAAUGCAACGAGAAAAGAAGCAAGAACGAACAAUUCAUUGCAAAUAUGAACCAAAGGAACCGGGAGAUUAUCAGGUGGAAGUUAAAUGGCACGGUGAACAUGUCCCUGGAUCACCGUUUCUCGUAAUGAUUGUGGAUACAGAGCAAGAAUUACAACGAUUCCUAUGUGGUGAUGCACCAUCACCACAGCCAGCAACUCCGUUUAUACCACCUGGUUGGAUUGGUACACCGCCACCACCACCAUUAUUCCUUGGCGGACCUCCACCACGUGGUCCAUUUCUUCAGCCUCAUGCUGCCGCACUUUCUUUGUCAUCACCAACUAUUCAAGGGACACCAGUGGCAGGAGCACAUGGAUCUUUAAUUCCAUAUGGAACGAUGCCACAACCACCACAUGCAAUGCGUACCGUAAUACGACCUAGGUUUAUGAGCGGUUAUUGA